UGGCGGUCGCCGCCAGGCCUGAGGGAGCUCCGUCAGCGGGGCGGGAAGCGGGGCCUGUGGGGAUGGAGGGCGAGGAGGGAGAGCAGGCGGAGGAGGAGGCGCUGUCGGAGCAGGAGGGGGAAGAACAGGUGCCGGCCCCAUGUGCCCUGACGGAGGAAGUCCUGAAGGAAGGUCUCUCUCUCCUUUGUAAGACUGGCAAUGGCCUGGCCCACGCCUAUGUGAAAUUUGAAGCCAAAUACAAGGACUUGACAGACAUCAGCCUCCUUGAAUGCUUCAUUCACCUGCGAUAUGUGGAUUUGUCAGAGAACAAGCUGCAGGAUUUGUCUCCACUGAGCAACCUAACCCACCUGCUUUGGCUGAAGGUGGAUGGGAAUCUGCUUACCAGUGCGAGCAUGGAGGAGCUGCCCUACCUCCAGAUCAUCAGCUUUGCUCACAACCGCAUCAAGGAUAUGGAGGGCAUUACUCACCCCUGCUUAGCCAGCCUCAGCCUGAAAGGAAAUAAAAUCCAGACAGCGCUGGGCCUGAGUCACGGCAAAUUGUUCAGUCUGCAAAUCCUGGAGCUGCGAGGAAACAAGCUAGAGAGCACAGCAGGGCUCAGUCUUCCCAAGCUCAAGAACCUCUAUCUGGCCCAGAAUGCCAUUAGAAGCCUUGAAGGCCUUGAGGGGCUAGGGCAGCUGACAACUCUGCACCUGCGGGACAACCAGCUUGAGACCCUGGAUGGAUUCUGUAGUAGCAUGAAGUGCCUGCAGUACCUCAAUCUACGGAACAAUGGCAUCAAUAGCCUUCAGGAGGUGGCAAAACUGCAGGUCCUCCCCAUGCUGCAGGCACUGGUGCUGUUGGACAAUCCAUGCUCUGAUGAACCCAGUUACCGGCUGGAGGUCCUGGUCCUGCUGCCACACCUGCAACGCCUCGACAAGGAAUUAUUUGAGCAAGAUGAGCGAGCAGAGGCAAACAAAAUCCGUCAGGAAAGGCAGGAGGAAGAAAAGGAAAUGGAAGGAUCUCUCCAGGGUGAUGUGACUGAGUGACCCUCAGUUUUAAUACCUCUUCCCAGAGCAAGUCAAGACUUGGAAACGCCUUCCCCGCCAUGCGAGCAGCUGGGAAAGUGAGACCUGCAGGUAGCAGAGCUGCCUUCACCUCAUUUUGCCCCUGGAGAAAUGGGAAGGGCUACCCACCCUGGUCCUAGAAGCUGCCCUGAGGUACUGCAGUGUUUUUGCAGUCACUGCACUCAUAUGCUCUAUUCUCACUAGACCUGAGAGGGAAGAGGGGAAAGGGGAGAGUUACAGGUUCUGUGGUUGGAUUUACAGCUCCCAAAAAUCCGACAAGAUUUUCUGAUUUGAAUAAAAAUAAUGAGCCUG